AUGUUGGCCAUUCCUGUCCUCAGUUCGACAGUCGACCUCUGCGACCGCUGUGCGCGCGGCGCCAUUAUCCAAGACGAUACGGAUGAGUUCCGUGAGGAUAUCAACGAGGACGGCACUCCGACACUGCACCAUGCACACGAAGACGGCAACAAGUCAAUCCGGCUUCGCUCUGUUCUGCGAUGGGACGACGAUGCACCAGAAUUCCCUGCCAUGCUCCAGUCGGCAACGGGAGAACAGGGGAAGGAAGGCUGUCGACUGUGUAGGCUCGUGCACCAGGCACUCAAGCGUCGCCGACUGAACCAUCGCGGUCCCACCACCAUCAUGGCUGCGUAUGUGUGGGGAGGAAACCGAGACCGCUAUCUGAGUAGCUACUCUGACGAUGGCCUGGUCUACAUGCGUUGUGAGGUUUUCAGUAAAACGCCUCCGGCUUUGGCCUACAUCGUCUUUGGAGUACAGGUCGCAGACCAUGACCUGUCAACAUGGCUGCGGUCCGAUGGCUGUCGUCAAGCCGAGCCUCUGUCGCCCGACAACGUUGAAUGGAUUCGUUCCACGCUCGUCGACUGGGACGAAGACCCCGGGACCCAAAGCGUAGGGGGCUUCGUCCCGUCCCGUCUCGUCUACGUAGGCGUCGAUGACGACCAGACAGACUCGCCCCGGCUGGUGCUAACAGAAGGCUGGAAGGACCCAUUACCGAAAUAUGCCGCGCUGAGCUACUGCUGGGGCCCGGGGCACGACGCGGCCAGGCAGCUGACGACCAAAACCUCCAAUCUCGACUCCCAUCUAACGAAGUUGCCACAGGAGGAUCUCACGCCAGUCCUGCGAGAUGCCAUUGCUGUGUGCCGCUCUCUCUCAAUCCCGUAUAUAUGGAUUGACGCAGUCUGUAUUGUCCAGGACGACUCCGCAGAUUGGUCAAGCGAGAGCGAAGUCAUGGGAUACAUAUACUACCAUGCGUACCUUACCAUCUGCCCGUUGGCUGCUUCAAGCUGCAUGCAUGGAUUCUUGGAGCCCCGGACAGCUGGUGUUGAUAUUCCUUUCCAGUCGCAGAGACAUCCUGAAAUAUCUGGGCUCAUCACUCUGGUCGAGUGUUACAACGACCGAGAUAUUCCUCCACAGCAGACAACCAUUCGGUCUCGACCAGGAUUCGACUUGGACUCGCCUCUGUGGAUGGACAGAGCGGCCUGGCUGACCGACCGAUUUAUCCUGAAGGCUUUCAACCAGACACCUCUGGCGAUGUGA